UUCUACGGCCUUAAGAAAUGACUAGAGCCCACCCCGAACAAAUCUCUUUUCUAUACAGGGUCAGAUCCCAUCGAUCAAAGUUCGUGAAAGCUUAGUGUCUGCGCUGUGGCAGCAGUUCCGGUUUUCGCCCGACAACCCCAAACUACAAGGACUUCUUAUCAGACGGGAAAACAAAGUGGGCGCUAAUCUCUGUCCUAAGCGGAGCACCUAGGUGUCAGUACUCGAUCGAUCUGACACGCCAACCACUCUCGCUCCAUCUGUUAACCGUAUCUACAACUCCAACUAAAACAUUUGAAUUUGAACUUGAACUUGAUUGAUUUCAGAAAUACGUGAAAGGAGCAUCGUUCUCCAGACAAAUUCACGGAUUUGAUAAUGGAGGAAGAAUGUAUGGUUGACGAGAGUGGAAUCCAGGCGAUCGCACCUACACUGGACAACACGGCUACCGAUUUGACGAAGGCUGUUAAGCGUAGUAAAGCAUGGUACAUGGUGGUACUCAUGUCGCUAUGCUAUGGCAUUGGAGAACUAUCACAUUUCUUACCUGGAACCACCAGUCGGGCCAUGUCGCAAGAUCUCGAGUACGGCGAUCAGAGCUGUUUGAGAAAUGAGUCCGUUCCGGUCCAUCUCGGCGGUGGCAAUACGACGUGCUCAGACUACUUAAACCAAGAAACAUGCGACAAUGUGCUGACGGAUCAAACGGGUGGUAGUUCAUUCUGCCAGUGGGACUACAAUGGAAUGGGCAUCGAAUAUCAAAUACUCGCCGGACCAAGCUUUAUACUCGCCUUUAGUAUUGGUGGCCUUUUAAUUGGAGCAUUAGCUGACAGAUAUAACCGGAUCGUGAUCUUAGCUAUCAGCACAAUUGUUUUUAGUACCUGUACCAUUGUUAUGGGAACUGCACAAGAAGUUUGGCAUUUAAUUUUCCUCAGAUUUGGUGUGGCGUUUGGGGAGUCCGCCUGUCAGCCCGUGUCGGCCAGUUUAGUGAUGACCCUGUUUCCACAAUCGUUACACGGUGCUGCUCUUGGACUGGUGAACUGGGGCAUUUAUUUCGGCUAUGGUUUAAGUUAUGUCGUUGGCAAUUAUAUUCCUCCGUUGGACAUCCUCGGCCAGGGAUGGCGAUGGGCUUAUUAUUUGAGUGGCAUCCCAGGAUUUUUCUUUGCGGCUCUGCUCUUCUUGACGACUUCUGACCCGCGCUCUUCAAAUCGCUCAAAGAAAGAUGAUACUUUUCAGUUGGAAAAUGAACACAAUUCAAAAACGGAAGUGGAAUCUUCGUCUACCUGGAACAAUGCAUGGAUCAAUUUGAGCCAUUUCUUUCAUCCGUUUGUCCUGCUUCUUUGCCUGGGCGCUUGUGUCAGACACACUGCUGGAUUUUCCUGGGCUUACAACAGCCAACUCUACUUCGAUUACUACUAUCCUGGCACUGACGUGGGACUUUGGCUGUUUCUGGUGUCUAUUGUGGGCGGUUCAAGCGGAAUUUUGAUCGGUGGAGCUGUUUCGGAUCGUAUUGUUAAACGGGCAGGACUUCAAGCUAGGGCUUGGGUUUUGGCAGCUAGCCAGGCGGUAGCAAGCCCGUUUGCAGCAGGUGUGUUGCUCCUACCUCCGCCCUACUGCUUUGCAUCUCUGCUGAUUGCGUAUCUUUUUGCCGAAAUGUGGUUUGGUGUACUUUUCGCCAUUUUGAUCGAAUUGGUGCCAUCCACAGCGUGUUCCUUCGUUAUUGCUGUCUUCUUAUUCGUUAUGAACAAUGUUGGAGGUAAUUUGCCAGUCAUCAUUACUCCAAUCAGCAAGCUUAUGGGAUACAGGGAGACUCUUAUUCUGUUUUAUCCAGGAUUCUUCUUGAUCAGUGCUGCUCUUUUCGGGUUACUGGGAAUUGCUUUGCGCAAUUCAAACGAAGGACGCAAGAAAUCCUUAACUGGAGCUGAAAAUUGUGAAUCAUAAUGGAUUGCUCAAAAUACAAGGCCUGAAUCGACA